AUGGCGAAAGACACACCCGCACAAGCUCUUGAAGCAGUUUCUCCAUUACAACAAGUCCUCAAUGUUUGGGAUCGCAUUCAGGUCAACAGCCCAAUCUAUAACUUCCUGCUUAGCGAUGUGGAAAUUUACUACGCAGAAGAAGGCAAUUUCUCUGCCCGGCUUGAGGUUGGCCCAAAACAUUUGAAUUCUAAAGGAGGUCUACAUGGCGUGUUCUCUGCCUGUGUCACAGAUUGGGCUGGCGGCCUGGCAAUUGCUUCCUGCGGUCUAGAGUCCACGGGAGUGAGCACCAACAUCAACGUCAACUAUCUUUCAACCGCAACCACUGGUGACUGGCUAGAGAUCAGAGGCUAUGCCAACAAGGUUGGGAAAUCUCUUGCUUUUACCACGAUAACCAUCUCGAAAUGCACGAGUUCUGGCGAUACCACUUUGGUGGCCCAGGGAUCUCAUACCAAAUAUGUCAGGACACGGUAA